AUGAUCCGCCGCCGCUCAGAAGGUAGGAGAACCACCGGUGCGCCUCCCUCGAAGGUUUCGCCAUCCUCGAGCCACUCUGUAUCCUGCGCAGUGGCAUUCGCAUUGCCUGAGCUGGGAACGCCAUCGAUCAAGAAGCGGAGACCGUUGGGGACGCAGCAUCUUGGACUCGCUGCGGUGGACGCCGGCUAUUGCUGCCACGAGCCCACGCAGUUGCAUCUUAACGUGGAGUGGCGGAUCGACCGACAUGUUGUAUCUGGUGUGCUGGAGAACGCCACGGGCCAAUUGUUGUUUGAAGUGCGCGAGAAGCCGUUGUCGCUGCAUCGCCAACGGUCUCUGCUAGACCUGACCGAGGUGCCCGUGGCCACCAUCCGCAUGAGUGCGUUCCGCCGCCGUAAAGCGACCUACUCGUUGUAUCCGCGGGCGGAGAUAUCCAAGAAGCCGCUGUUCAAAUUCACGAUGUCGCACAGCAAACUGGAGAUGGUGUUCACGGACAUCAUGACAGGCGAGACCUGUCGACUUGGCUCCAACGGCGAGCAGGGCGACAUCGAGAUCUGGCUGCAGCGUGGCAUCUCGCCAGACACGACUAGGCAGCCCAUCGCACAUAUGUACCCGGCGCCAGCUGGGACGCCGUUGGGUUACUCAGUGGACAUCGCAGAGGGCGUGGAUGCAGUAAUGGUCAUCCUCGUGUGCAUCGCCUUGCACGACAGCGAACCGGAUCACAAGUGGCGAACGCCGACGACGUUCGUCUAA